CCCUCUCACCCCACUCUUGCCGGCGGCACUUCGACGCUCGGCUAGACCUCGACGAACUGAUGGACAGCGGAGGUGGAGAGGGACUCGUCGAAACAGAUCGACAAGCUUUGCAAUAGCAUCGCGUACACCAUGGCCGGCGAAUACCAGACCGUCUCGGGCGCCAACGACGACAGGCUCCUCCGCCGUGGCCGGCGGCGGCCGAAACCUGUGGGCGCGAUUCUUGGGUGGUUUUCCAUCUAGAAACUGAAGUUAGCAAGCGACGAGCAAAUCCAGCAGGCUGCUGAUACAACCAUAGCAUAACCGAAGAAGGAAUUAAUGAGUGGGGAAUUCCACACAAGGAUGAGCACCUUCCAUCUUUGGAGCCUCAGAGAUGGACGCGGGCAAGUUCCCAGCGGGGAUGCGCGUGCUCGCCGUCGACGACGACCGCGUCUCCCUCAUGAUCCUAGAGAAACAGCUGAAGCAUUGUAACUACAACGUGACAACGGUGACGGACGCGAAGACGGCGCUGGACAUGCUCAGGGAGAGGAAGGACGUGGACCAGUUCGACCUGGUGAUCAGUGACGUCGUCAUGCCUGACAUUGAUGGCUUCAAACUCCUUGAGCUCAUCGGCCUGGAGAUGGAUAUCCCAGUCAUCAUGCUAUCUGCGAAUGAUGAGACAGAGACCGUGAUGAAGGGGAUAAAUCAUGGUGCUUGCGACUAUUUGGUAAAGCCAGUGUGCCUUGAACAACUUAGGGGCAUUUGGACACAUGUGGUGAGGAAUAGUAAGUGUGAUCCAAGGAACACCAUCAGCGGUGGCAAUGAUGUUUCUGGUCAGAAGAUACAAUCUGGGGAUGUUGAUAAGGGUGAGAAGGAUGGUGAAAACCACACCAGGAAGUAUUCAAAGAAGAAGAAAAAGGAUAUAGAUUGUGCUGAUGAGGACAAGGAGAACGGGUUAUCCACCCAGAAGAGGCAAAGGGUCCAGUGGCCUGGUGAACUACACCGCAAGUUUGUAGAAGCUGUCAAUCAGAUUGGCAUGGACAGGGCUGUUCCAAAGAAAAUAUUGGAAGUCAUGAAUGUGGACAGCCUCACUAGAGAGAAUGUCGCAAGUCAUCUUCAGAAGUACCGCAUCUUCCUGAGAAAGCUCAGUGAGGGCAAACUCAAGAAAUCUAGUCCAUUUGCUGAUGGACCCAAAGCAUGGCACAGCGACUGGGUGCCUGCUAAUAGCAAUAUGAACGUAGCCGAAAGUUCUGAGCAUUAUCCAGAACUUGGUAGAUACCAGUCAGCCCCAUCCUUAGUUACCUCUCCAAGAUCAAGCAACCUUUUUGCAAGCAUGAAUUCACCAUCUGUGCUCGGAGCACACUCUUUUCUGCCUACUCAGUCAGUUCAGCUCGGGAGCUCGCAGAGAAACGCUUGCAUUCCUCGGCGGGACACGGAUCUGGCUGGUCAUGGUGUCAACCUGUCAGGUGCCAGCCAAUGCUUCCCUUCCGGUCCUGGUAGCUCCUUUGCAAAUAUACCAAAUGGUGUGGUGUUCAACACAAGCAAACCUCUCUCUCUUGGUAUUUCUGGCAGUUCAUUUGCAAAUAUCUCAAGUGACAGCCCACCAUUGGCCUCGAGCAUGCGCUUUCCUUCACCUCUUUCUGGCAGCUGCUAUGCGAGCAUAUUGCGUGGCAAGAUUCUGGGGGCAAAUAGAGGUAUUCCUUUUGAUGACAUAGCAGAUGGUGAGAUUCAGGCUCCUUCCAUACAUUUACCAUUGCACUCUUCUGAGUUGGUGAAUCAGUCCCCGGAUCAGAUUCAAUCAUCUUUUGCUGGCCUAUUCAACCAAGUUGCCAGGGAGGGUCACCAAUUUGCAGGACCUAGCAACUCCUGGAAAGCUGCUGUGCCGUCAAGGUUUCCUGAUCUUAGUCACAACGUUGGAAUGUCUAAAGAUCCAUCACAGGGGAACAUCGUCAAGAUCAACCAGUUGUCAAGACUUGCAGCCUCCUCUGGACAGAUUUCAAUCUUUGGAAAUUUGUAUCAGAACCAAAUUGCAGGGACCAUAGGUAAAACUGCACCUGCAUUAAGUUUCAGUGAGCAGGUGGCACCAUUGAACUUUGGAAGCAACACACAUUAUACAGCGAUGCCGAUUGGUAACUCUGAUCUAGGAAGUUCUUCAAGCACCAGACCUUCAUUGCCUAACCUUCAGAUAGACAAUUCCGGCAUGCCAACCCAGAUACUGAAUGGUGAGGAUGCAAUUGGCAACCACCCUGAAGGUGGUACCAUUAAUCAGCAAGCUGUUGACGAUCAAGUGAUUAACAACAAUGAGUUUCUUGUUGGAUCAAGUGAGGUGCAGAAUGGAGCAAGUGGUGACCUGGAUGAAUUUUUUGCUGACAUGGUUGAUGAACAGAAUUUCAUCAACAAUGGUGAUGCUUUCCCCUGUGGGGACUGGAACUUUGCCCCUUGACGUCAUAUCUGGGAGAGAUGUUUCUUCAUCUAUGUAGCUCAUGGUUCUUGCAUGUUGUAUGUGCAAAAAUUGUGCUCUGUAGCAGGCUAGCUAGGAGCAGGCCAUCUUCAAUGGAAUCCCAUGUUUAUCUACUUUAGCGUAGUCAUGUGGGUUCUCUUUUGUAUCAGCUGUAGCUUUUAACUUGUUGGUGUUAACUGUUAAGUUUGGCGGGAGGUGUGGAUGUACCACCCCUUGACAACUCUCGGUCCAACUGUCAACGUCGGCUCAAAAUUUGGUGGCUAUUUUCAGUUUUAUACAAAACCACCUAGCCCCUCUUAUGGAUCA